GGGAUAUAAUUCGUAGUCACUACUUUGCAAUAGCAUACAUCAUCUUGUCUAUCAAAUAUAUCUGACCAUCCCAUCAAAACAACAUGUCCAAGAGAAUCCUCAUUAUCGGUACCGGAUUCGCCGGUGUCUGGAGCGCCCUUGCUGCGAAGCGCCUCGCGAAGCUGGUCAAGAGAGAGGACGAGCUUGAGGUUCUUGUCGUUUCUCCAAAGCCCUCGUUGGUGGUCCGUCCGCGUCUCUACGAGGCCAAUGCUGCCAAUAUGACCGCCUCUCUCGAGCCCCUCUUCCAAGAAGCUGGCAUUGAACAUGUCCAAGGAAUCGUGCAAACCAUCAACGCUCAAGACAAUACCGUCCUUGUGAAAUCGAUAUCCGGAGAGGAAUCAACUAUAACGUAUACCCGGCUCAUCCUAGCAGCCGGAAGCUCUAUCAUUCGACCAAAGUCCAUCACCGGCAUCCACGAGCAUGCAUUCGACAUCGACUCCCUCGAUGCCGCCGCCAAGCUCGAAGCUCACCUCAACAGCCUGGCAUCCCUUCCCGCCAGCCCAGCUCGCGAUACCAUCGUUGUCUGCGGUGCCGGAUUCACAGGCAUCGAAAUCGCAACCGAGCUGCCCAAGCGCCUCCCAACCCCGAACACGAAGAUCAUCGUGGUCGAAAGCGCCGACAAUCUCGGGCCAGAGCUCGGACCCGGCCCACGCCCCGUCAUCACGCAGGCCCUGACCGAACUCGGCAUCGAAUACAAAAUCGGCUCUCCAGUGACAACCAUUGACACAGACAGCGUGACCCUGGCCUCUGGUGAACGCAUCGAAACCAAGACCGCCAUCUGGACUGCGGGCGUACGCGCAACACCCCUAACCCAGCAAAUCCCAGCCCCCAAGGACGCCCUCUCCCGCCUCGAAGUCGACAGCCACCUCCGCGUCCCAUCGUUCCCCAAAAUUCUAGCAACAGGCGAUACCGCCCACGCCGCCACGGAUAAACUCGGCAACUACGCCCUAAUGUCCUGCCAACACGCCAUCCCCAUGGGCCGCGUAUCCGGCCACAACGCGGCGGCCGAUCUCCUCGGCGAACCACUCAUACCGUACUCGCACGAAACAUACGGGUGCUGCCUGGACCUUGGGACAUGGGGGACUGUCAUCUGUCUCGGAUGGGAGCGCGAGGUGAAAUAUACGGGGGAUGUGGCGAAGCGCGUCAAGGGGUUUAUUAAUCGGACGCUGAUUUAUCCGCCGGCGGAUCUGGAUCAGGCGAUGGGCUUGGCCGAUCCGCUGCCGGAGGAUUCGGAGAGGUUGUUCAAGAGGAUUUUGGAGGCGGUUGCUGUUGCUGCCUAG